AUGCUUCCUGAGGAUAUAAGAGGAGAUGCUGAAAUGGACGUUGAUGUGGAAAAGGAAUCCCUGAUUAGAAAUAAUGAAUGUGUCUUCCGAAUCGAGCACAGAAAAACUGGAAGAAGUGCUGUGGAAACACCUGGAGAGGAAGGGCUUUGGGAAAAUGGCGGAAGGUGCCCAAGACUGCUUGGUGGUGGAGGGGAGGGCCUACUUCUUCAAUUUGGAGAGAACGAAGACGAGGAUGACGAUAAUACUACUGGACAAUAUCUGCUGUAA